AUGAGUCUUUCGGAAAGUUUUCUCGUUUUAAUAAUAAUUGGUUUAUGGUUAUUUGCUGUUAUAAAUUUAGCACGAAAAUUAGAACGAAUAUGUAAUCCACCAUCAAUACUUCCUAAUUAUUAUACACGUACAAAAACAAAUUUUAGUCCAUCUAAACUUCAUGAACAUUAUCCACCUAAUUCGACACAAUCAACAAAACCAUCGCCUGUUCAUCUAUUUCGUGCUACAUCAGAACCAACUAUUGAUGCAUCACCUCGUACAACAAUUCAUAUACGUUAUCCAAGUGAAACUUGUUUACAUAAGAAAUCAUCUAUAUCAGAACAAAUUUUUUCACCAAGUAUAAUUGAAUUAGGAAGAAGUACUAGUUCAUUAAAUCUUUCACGUCAUAAAGAUCAUCGAAUAAGUAUUGAAACAAAGCCUAAUCAAUCAAUACCAUCACAACAAUAUUUAAAUCUAAAACGAAUUCCAACAAUUGUUAGACGAAGUCUUUUAGAUUUACAUCGACGUGCUUUAUAUUCGAAUGCAUCAUCAAAUUUUCCAAUGAAUCAUUGUAUUGUUAGUGUAACAGAAACUAGAUCAGGAUUAACAAUGACUAAAACUUCAUUAAAAAAGAAAAAAUAUCAACAUGCAUAUACAAUAGAUGAAGAUGAUCGUUAUAGAAGUAAGAUUUCUUUGAAUUAUAAAAGACUUGUUCGAGUAAAAGAUUGUUUUCAUCUAGAACAACAAAUACUUUCUAAGAAUAAACAACAAAGGUUACUUUCUUAUUAA